AUGUUUUAUAAUAUUUUUUUAACAUCAUUUAUUAUUAUAAAUCAUAUUUUAAGGUUCCAUUGCCAUAAAAAAGAUUUAUGUGAGUAUAAUGGAAAAAUAUAUGAUCUUCAAUACAAAUUACCAUCAAAUAAAAAUGUUAUAGGAAAACCUUUUUCAUGUGAUUUAGUUAAAUAUCUUGAUUAUUUUGGUUAUCUUAAUGAAAGUAAUUUUAUUGAUCUUUCUAAAACAUCUAUCAAUGGAGUCAAAAUUGUAACAGCUAUAACUGAAGAUCAUAUGAGUGAAUUAAGACCAUUAUUAAAAUCAUUUAAAAAAUAUUUUCCUAAAGAAAGGAUUAUUGUUUAUGAUUUAGGUUUAAGAAAAGAAUCAGUUAAACAAUUAAAAUCACUUAAAUUUGUUGAAUAUAGAAAAUUUAAUUUUUCAAGAUAUCCUAUUCAUGUCUCUACAAUUAAAACAUAUGGUUUCAAAUUUUUAGUAGUUAGUGAAGUUUUAAAAGAAUAUCCUUCUGUUAUUUGGGCUGAUGCUUGUGUAAGAUUUUUGAAAAAAAAUUUUAUAGAAAGAAUAAAUAGAUUGGUAAAUUGUUAUAAAGGAAAAAAUGAAGAUCAUAAAUAUAAAAAACAAAUAAAAAUAGAAGAAUUAAGGAGAAAAAGAAAUUUUAAAGUUAUUGUUUUACCAAAAUGUUUCCUCUGUUCACCACAUUAUCAAAGAGUAGGAUAUAAUAAAGAAUUGUAUAAUUUUAAUAUUGAACAUUGUUAUAAAUCUAAUGUAUUAAUGCAUCUUCCAACAUUUCAUGGUAUUUUAGCAUCAAGUCAUGAAAAAUUUUUAGAAUAUAUUCCAACAAACAAAAGUAAAUAUAUUCCUGAAAAAGAACUUCAACAUGGUACAGGUUUAGUACAAUUUGUUAGAAGUAAAGAUACUGUACAAAAUAUAAUGAAAUGGGCUACACUAUGUUCAUUAACUAAAAAUUGUAUCUCACCAAUACAAUGGUUCUCCUGUACAGGACAUUUUAAUGAUAAUAAUUUAUUUUCUAAGACACAUAUUUGUCAUAGAUUUGAUCAAACAUUAUUAACAAUUUUAUUACAUAAUUCAAAUAAUUAUAAUUAUCAAAAUUAUGUUACUGAAAUGUAUGAUUAUGCCAUAUUUAGGGGUAAUAAAAUUAAAUCAUGGAAGAAAUUUAAAAAAAAUUUAUAA